UGUGUUUGUGUUUCGAUCAGUGAACACGGUUUUUUGCUUUGGUGCGUUUUCGGAUGCUCAAAAGUGACGAUUUGACGGAGAAUAUAGCGAUUCAGGAUGUACAACUACGCAAGCGCGUACGCAGCAGCCUUUUCGGAAAGUUACAAAAAGGCGUGUGACUCGAAUCCCAUGACGGCAGGCGGCGGGCAGCACUACGGCACCUGCGGUCCCUACGGUUCUGCCACCGUCCGAGGACGGUGUCCGCACACGGCUCGUGUCAACGGGAGCGAGAAUCCACGGGGAGGUGACACCCGCCCAAGAUCACGGAAUGCCGGUCAGCUCAUGACUGGCUCCCGGUGGGUGUCCCCAAGUGGAUAUGUCCAUUGCCAGAUUGAUUCCGCUAAGGAUGAGCGGAAUCUCAAGCCACCCUUACAAGUCCCCCAAGCUAGAAAGGCGUGCGACUCGGAUCCCUCGGCGGGAGGCAGCGGGCAGCGCUACGACAACUGCCAUCCCCGUUCUGCCACCGUCCAAGGACUGUGUCCGCACUCGGCUCGUGUCGAGAGCGGGAAUCCACGGGGAGGUGACACCCGCCCAAGAUCACGGAAUGCCGGUCAGCCCAUGACUGGCUCCCAGCGGGUGUCCCCAAGUGGAUAUGUCCAUCGCCAGAUUGAUUCCGCUAAGGACGAGCGGAAUCUCAAGCCACCCUUACAAGGCCCUCAAGCUAGGAGGCUUUUCCCCCUUCGGCGUGUUCCUCAACGCAACAAGGUUCGACCUCUGAACAUCGACGGUCUCUUGUUGGCGUCAGAAGCACGCCCACCCUGCCCCAGUGACUCGGCCCGCAGCUACGCCAUGUUCAAUGCCUCUUCGCAAAUCUCCAAUACCACCCAGAGAUCAGACAACUUGGUCGUAGCCGGGCAGUCCCGUAAGCUGGCGAACAUCACCAGCGACAGGACGAGCUCGAGUCCCCCAGAAGACGACAUUGACAGGCCGCCGUCUGUCGUCGUAGGACAGGCAUUUGUCCCGACAACAUCAAGGUCCAAGCGAACGUGGAAAACGAGACUUCGAUCUCUCUUUGCUCCUCGGAGUCGCGGGACCAAGACCACCGUUCAGCCUUUCGUUACACCACAAGGGCAAUCGGAAGGUCAAGUCAGUCGACCUAGGUCACUCAAAGAAGACCACAGUGACCCAGGUCAAGUCAACCGACCCAGGUCACUCAAAGAAGACCACAGUGACCCAGGUCAAGUCAACCAACCCAGGUCACUCAAAGAAGACCACAGUGACCCAGGUCAAGUCAACCGACCCAGGUCACUCAAAGAAGACCACAGUGACCCAGGUCAAGUCAACCGACCCAGGUCGCUCAAAGAAGACCACAGUGACCCAGGUCACCAGAGCCACACCAGCGCUCUGAUGAAGAAUCGAGAAGCGAAGGGAUUUGGAGGAAAUGCAUUAACUAUAAAGAUGCAUCAUCGGCAAUACAGCGCUGCCAUGGCAACAAGACCAGCCUCGUACAGCAACCAGCCCCUCCCGAUCCCAGGAACACCUCAAUUUGACUGGGACCGUCUCCAGUCAAGCUCCAACCCUGCUCCAGGAAGUGACAAUCCGAUCACAUCACAGAAGCAGGAGGAGGUUACGAGCCUCGUCGCCAACUACGGUGAUGGGUUACUCCCAGCUUCAAUUCCUAGGGAUGCUUCCUUUCGCAAUUCCUCGGUUUGCGACUUGCCUUUAUUUCCAUCUCAGAGGCAAGGAGCAAAGAUGCGGGAUAAGAUAUCAUCAGAUGAGGAAGUAACAAUCCCUAAUGCAGAUCCUCUGACGUCGAUCUCACGUGGUGAUGGCAAGCCUCACGAAGAGGGAAGAGAAAGUGGAGACCAUGGUGGUGGUUGGGAAUCGAUCUCAAUUCCAGUGUCUCCAUCUCUAUCUCAUCAAUCUGUCUCCUUCGCAUCCAAAAUUUCUUCUUCGUCUCAGAAUCUUGGAUCAGAGACGGAUGUUGAAGAGUUUAUCUACGAUGAUGAUUUUGAAAGCUCAUCAGCAUCAUCUAUUAGCAAUUCUUCGUGGGCAAUAUCAAGUUCAGAAGCUGAUGUGAAUGUUGACUCCUUUGAUGAGAAGACAAUGGCAGACAAAAACAGAGAAAGGUCUACAAAAUUACCAUCGCUUCGUCAGCAGCGACUCGCUCUCAAGAUGGCCCCGGUGUUUGCUUAUAAAAGUUCUUAUCUGGAUGACUUUGACGAUUGGCUGACGGUUGUGCUGAGUUGUAUUGAGCAAAGGGAUGCGAUGCGACGAAUGCAACUUGCUUCCAACUACAAGAAACCUCACACAAGAGAGGAGGCUUGGGAAAUUCAAGCCAACGCCGCAAAAGCCGAAGACAUAAUGCGUCAAUUGAGCCAAAUGAUCUCAUUAUCGACGGACGAAGAGGACGAAGAGUGGAGUACUGAAAGUUUGCAAUCAGUCUCUCCAGCAAAUCCUGUCAAGAAAGACCCAGAAAUCGAGGGGGACAGAGGAACAUCAAGUACAACAUUACAGGCCCUGGAAGACGCUUUGAGUCCUAGACAGGUAGCAUCUCCAAAAAAAUUCGAAUCGUCUGCAUCCAUAACUGCAAAGAAAAAUUCCGAAACGACUUUCGAGGAACACAAGGAAGUCGAAAAAGUUGGAAAGAGCGACUCGGAUCAAGAAGCGGCAACGCCAGCUGAAUGUCCAGAGUCUUCAAUUUCAAAGCUCUCUGAGAUGAUGUCUACUGAAAGUAAACCAUGGGAUGUUGUCAACAAGGCAUCCCCAUGUGCACAUCUACCCACAAUCUCGAAGAAGUCAUCUUCGAAUGAUGCAUCAAGAGCAGCGUCCCGUGCUCAGAAGGACACCUUAAGUCUCGCAGAGGCCGCUUCUGAAAAAGGCGCAGAAUAUACUUCAUCCAUAAAUGCAAAGAAAUACAUAGUGUAUGCCCAACAAGAAAUGGAAGAAACUCCAAGAAAACCCCAAGAGACUGAGAAGAGCGACUCAGAUCGACCAUCUGGAAGUCCAGUGUCUUUACUGCCAAAACUUUCUGAUAAGACUCCCACUUCAGCUUCAUUAGGAGAAGUUGUCAACAAGGCAUCAUUUGAAGAAAAUUACCAUUCGCCACAACGGAAAAUCUCGAAGAAUUCGUCAUUGAAGGAUGUAGCUACAACUGAUAACACAUCAAGCACAGCUAAUGCUUCUUCUAAGAACCCUCAAGCAACACAAAGUCCUCAGGAAGGACUACCAGAACUCACAGCCUAUCCCUCCAUCGAUCCUAGCGAGUUGGAGUUCAUUAUGUCUGACAACGGAAAAGAAGUGGCGCUUGGGUCGGGUUCUUGUGGUGGAGUCCUACUGAUGCGGCAUAAAGGAGACAACACCCUCCUUGCUGUCAAGGUGCUGGUUAAAAACUUCUCUUUCUUGCAGCACGAGGUGGCAGCCAUGCAUGCGGUGGUGAACUGCCCUUUCUUCCCCAGAUUUGUAGGAGUCAUCGACUACUGUUCUUACGCCCAAGAGCUCGUGGGCGGUGUUGGCAGAAACACGGCUUACGACUUCCGCAAGGCGCAGCACUAUGAUAUUUUGAACGCGUUAGAGUGGCUACACGUCUGCCGUGAUGUCACGAAGGGACUCAAGGCUUUACACGCUGCUGGCUGGCUUCACUGCGACCUACACUGCGGCAAUGCUAUGGUGUGUCCCAAUCCACCAGGCUCUAAGGUGGCUUGGUGUGGCAAGAUCAUCGACCUGGGAAACGCCCUGCAGAUUUCGAAUCCAGGCCCAGUCACGAUCCUUGAUGAUGAGCAACAGAAGAAGCUCUACGAACUUGCCAAGCAGUGUGCCCCCGAGAUUCUUGAAAGCAGAGACACAUUCACCGAGAAAUCCGACAUCUACAGUCUCGGCAAUCUCUUCGUGGAUGUAGCCAGUGACGCAAACAUCCCCCACGGUCUCCGUCUGCUCGGCGAGUUCUGCAUGAGACGAAGUCCUGAUGCUCGCCCAACACUGGAUGCCAUCUCGGGGAAACUAGACGAUUUCAUCUCGGAGAUGAUGCAGGCUGAACAACAGCCUUCCAACCCAUCUCCCAUUGCUCCUUCCUCAUCCUCUCCUUCUCCUAAUCUUCGUUGCCAUCUCAUCGCGGAAAUGGUGCAGGCUGAGCAGCAGCCUUCUAGCCCGCCUCCUAUUCCUCAUUCCUCAUCAUCUCCUUCUCCUAAAAUGCGUUGCCGUCUUUGUUAG